UUGCCUCACAUCACGCAGCCCCUCGAGAAGGAGGAGGAAGAGAUGGCAGCCCUCAUGGAGCAGAUAGAGCUGGAGAAAAGUCACUAUUCAGAUCAUGAAAUCCGCAGGCUAGAGGAGGAGGAGCAGCUCAAGAGGAGGAAGGAAGGCAUGUAUGAUGAUGAUGAAGCGUCUGGCAAAAUGGUUAUUAUGGCUCAAGACCUGGAGGACAAGUGGGAACAGAAGUUACUGCGAUUUAAAGCUGCUCCACGGCUAACAGAUGCUGAUAAAAGCAACAAUCGAAAGUCGUUGAACAGGAAGCUGGACAGUAACCUGAUGCUUCUGGUGAAACAGAAAAUUGGUAACCUCCUGCCUCAAGUGGAAUGGCAGCCUGGAGAGACGCUUCGAAGCACAGCUGAGCGAGCCAUGGCUACGUUUUUGGGAGAUCACAUUCAAGCCAAAAUCCUGGGGAAUGCGCCACAUGGGAUUUACAAGUAUAAAUUCCCCAGGGCCAUCAGGACUGAGGAUAACGUGGGAGCCAAAGUAUUCUUCUUCAAAGCCUUCCUCCAGAGCAGUGAUUUGUCCCAGGCAGAGCUGAAGGAAGACUACCUGUGGGUCACAAAGGAUGAGCUGGGAGAUUACUUGAAGUCGGAAUACCUGAAAAAAGUCAAUCGAUUCCUUCUGGACUUCUAAAAGAUGGGCUGUGCUCCAGCAGAUGGGGAAGAUGUAGGAUGUGGCUCCAGGGAGGAGCACAGCUGCUGCUUUGCAUGGUCUGUGUGUAUGAGAUGUUAACUUGGGCUCUGGAGGAUAAUUUGCCUUUGCCUUAUUUCCCAGUUCUCUUCACCGGGCCUGUACUAAAUAAAUAUUAAAACUUA